AUGUCAAUUUUUGUAGUUUGCACGACGUUUGCAACCGUUUAUGCAGUCACUUCAUAUGUCUUCCUUCGUAAACCACAAUGGAUUCAUCGUAUACGUCGACCAGCAUUUAUCGCUCGAAAUAUUGGUCAUCGAGGAGGAGCUGGAGAAUCAAUAGAAAAUUCUUUCCUUGCAUUUGACAAAGGAUUGGAAAAUGGGCUUGAAAUGCUUGAAUUAGAUUGUCAUUUAACAAAAGAUAGUCAAGCAGUUGUUCAUCAUGAUUUUACAUUAAAUAGAACGACUGGUCAAUUUGGAUUUAUUAGAGAUAUUGAAUAUGAUAAAUUACCAAGCAUUCGUAGUAAUUUGCAACUUUAUUAUGAUUCAAGUAUAAUAAUAUCAAAUGAUAAUCCACAUGAUACAGACUUACUACGUAUACCAUUAUUAAAAGAUGUUUUUGAACGUUAUCCAACAACUCCAAUUAAUAUUGAUAUUAAAGAAAAUAGUGAUGAACUUAUUAAACAGGUUUCAGAUCUGAUUAAAAAAUAUCAACGUGAACAUAUUACCUAUUGGGGUAGUUUUAGUCAUAAAAUAUGUCGAAAAUUAACUGCACAAAAUUCUCGUAUCGUUCGAUUUUGUUCCUUUCAAGAAGCAGCUGGUAUUGUAUUGACUUAUUGGCUCGGUCUAUUACCCUUUAUACGAUUAACACCAGGAGCCUUUGAAGUCCCUAUGCCUGGUGUAGUUUUUCGGAAAAGUGGUGAAAAUUUAGAUUGGAAACUCAAAAUAAUUUUAUAUUUAGCUGAGCGAGCCUUAAAUAAUAAAUCAAUGUUUGCGCAUUUACAACGUCGUGGUAUUCCUGUCUAUGUUUGGAUACUAAACAACGAAGAAGAAUUUGAAUAUGCUUUUAAAAAAAUUGGCGUUACGGGUGUUAUGACUGACUAUCCUACGCAAUUGCAAAAAUAUUUAAAAUCAAAUAAACAUGAAUUUCUUUUAGAAUAA